AUGGCCCCUCAGACACCAGAACCAACCACGACAAACCCUCAGACCGCCCCUCAGGCACUUCUACCAACGGGAUUGGCCCCUGUGCAAUUGGAUCUGGAUCUUGCUACUCAAUCCCCGCGAGGUCCAUCAACCUGCGUCUCCAACCCUGGAACCAAUCAAUCUCGACUUCCUUCAGACUCACCACCCACAAACAAGGAACUCUCUCCCAACGUUGGUACCACCCGCUCUCAAGACAAAGUCGUUCCAUCCCAUGAAGAUGUCCCAUCCAAUCCCAAAAGGCCCAGCGAAGCUCCUUUGUUGAUUACUGAUCCAAGCAGCUUUGAUUAUCUGAGCGGUGAUAAAAACCAGUGCUUGGUCCAAGGAGCAAUCCAAAAUGGGGCUUUCACCGAUGGGAAACCAACAGGAGCUCAAUCGCCUUCAUUGACUAGCCCGAACAAUUUUAUUAACUUUUGUUUGACAUCCUUUGGAAAAGUUGGUGGCGCCGAGAUAAUGAAUGGGAAACAACUAGAAAAAAAACCAGGCUGUAAUGGUAUAGUGAUGGGAAUGGUGCCAGACCAGAACCACAUGCCUUCUUGCAAAUUCAUUAAACCCAAGAACCUGGAUGAAAUUCCUGCCAAAAAACCUUUCACCAUUACUCUGAAAGUUCGGAACAUUGUCCUCGGGGUAUUCACCAAUCCAAAAAAUACGUAUCUGCAAGGACCAGUGCAGCUGGACCCUGAGACCAAGAGUGUUCUUGGUCACACUCAUGUUGUGAUACAACCAAUAAAUUCCCUUGAUUCAACAGAUGUCCCUGAUCCUACUGUAUUAGUAUUCUUUAAAGGUGUUGAUGGCCCUGCUAAAAAAGAGGAAGUUAUAGUUGAUGUCAAGGACGGACUGGAACCAGGAUUUUAUAGGAUUUCAACAAUUACCACUGCCGCCAAUCAUCAACCAAUUUCAUCGCCUGUAGCUCGGCGGUCCAUUUAUGAUGAUAUAAUCUAUGUAACAGCCAAAUGA